AUGGAGCUACGUCUGCACCAUCGGGAGUCUACAGUCACUCAAUACACCAAAGAAACGCCUCUAGACGUGCCAAGCUGCCUACAAGAGUCUGCGUCUCUCACUUCCGCGCACUCUCUCGCCCACCAGGAGGUGCGCUCCACUGAGACUGCUCUACAGGACCAGCGCCAAGGAGGAACACCAGCCGCCAACCAGAGGCAGACAAACUCUCUCUAA